AAAAAUUAUUGCGUCCGGCUCGACUAUUAGGGGCUAGAGAGAGAGAGAGAGAGAGAGAGAGAGAGAGAGAGGAGGGAGAGAGGGAUGAGCUCGAACACGGUGGGGUACCUCGCUCGGAGGGCAGCGCAGAAGGAGCGCGUGCGGCUUCUGUACCGCCGGGCUCUCAAGGGCACUCUUGAUUGGGCAGUUCACCGCCAUCUCUUCUACCACGAUGCGGAUGAGCUAAGAGUAAAAUUUGAUGCAAAUAAGCAUGUGGAGGAUCUUGACACUAUUGAUAGGCUUAUUAAUGAAGGUGAAGCAAGCUAUGCGAAGUGGCAGCACCCAGACCCUUAUAUUGUUCCUUGGGCUCCUGGUGGUUCCAAGUUCACAAGGAAUCCAGUUCCACCACAGGGGGUUGAAAUUGUUUACAAUUAUGGGAAAGAGGAAGGCGAUUGAAGCAAUGAGUUCUCGUCUUUGCGAGUAAACCUUAUCGAACGUUGUCCUGAUUUUGGAUCAGACUUACACCAUGAAGUUUCUGUUUUCUUUCCUUCCCUUCAAAGUUGUGCCAUGUUUUUGAGUGAGUUUAUUCAUGGCUAGAUUACUGUUUAUCAACAGUUAAACCUGAAAAGCAUUCAGAUGUGCAUAUUAUCUGACAAUCUUCUUUGGGUGUUUAAAAUGUGUUGUUAAACUUUUUAUGAACAUUGCUGGUAUUAUGGGUGAAUGAAUGUGCUCUUGAGGAAGCUGCUUAGGAGCAUGCUCCUAUUCGAUCAAAACUUCCUAUUUGAAUU